ACCGAAGCCUCGGCGGAGCUGCUUCGCCGUCUUAUGCUUCCCAGCCGUCGAAGCCGCUUGUCCUGCUCGAUCAUCGUGGUCGACAAGCGCGGCCGGCGUGACUUCUGGACAAAGAGAUCCUGCCUGUUGGCCGUGAUCCUUAGAUCGUCGCGAACAUGAAUCCGGAGCCCGGUCACGUGGAGGUCGAGUCAAACAAGAGACGGAAGCUGAGAAAAGGCACGCGCAGUUGCUGGAACUGUAAGCAUCGAAAGGUCAAGUGCGAGUUCUCGCUUCCAUCGGACGAGGUGUGCGUCGCAUGCCGGCGACGAAAUGCCACGUGUGUUUCGCAGGAGUUUCCCGAGCAGAUCGCGUACGAGGAGGCCAACAACGAGAGCCAGAAUCAACUGGCCGAUCGAUUGUCUCGAGUCGAAUCGCUGUUGAGUCAGCUGGUGAAGAAGGUCGGCCCCAGCUCGUCGUCUGGAGACAUCAGCGAACCCGGUGUUCCCACUCCGAGUCCUACGGUGCGGUCAGAAGCUCUUCCUGACCGAUGCAUUCAAGCGUCGUCCGUAAGUACGGUCUCCUUUCCAGCAAUUCGCCCGUCAGAAUCGAGCACGGCUGUGCCAUCUUGGCGACCGUCGCUCUCUCGUUCAAGUCAGAUCGCUGUUGGAUCUCUUUGAAUCACCCUUUGGCCUGAAUCUGCACGUUGUUUUGUCGCCAAUUCCUGACGCCGUGUGUCGCCGCAGACGUUGCCGUUGUUUGACCAAGAGGCGUACCGCAAGAUCAACUCCCUUCCUGCGAUUACACGUGAUGAACGAGGAGACGCUCGCAGGUUUCAAGAAAUUUCGCAGUCUUUGUGUGCCGCCUUUCCGUCGCGAAAGGAUAUCGAGACCCUGUGCCAGAUCAAAUACGACAGCACUAUAUAUAAUCAUCGGACGUUCACCCAGCCAGACGUCGAUCUGUCCAAGGGCGGACGCGACAUAAUCGAGUACAUCUCAAGGAUGCCACAUCCUUCCAUGCAUCCAGCGGUACUGGCAAGACAGAUGCUAGAAAUGGCGCUGAUGCUCCAAUACUUCCCUCCGCCAGAAUCGUCAAAAUUCUCCGAGGAUCCUCGUAUCAUCAACCGAAGACUUGCAGACGAAGCGAUCAAGCUCGUGACGACGAACGAAGAGUUGCAUGGGACUAUGGACGCUCUGGAAUGCAUCAUGCUCGAGGCAAUGUAUCAUUCAAACCACGGCAAUCUACGCAGGGCUUGGCUGGCGACGCGGAGGUCCAUCAUGGUCGCCCAGAUGAUGGGAAUCGAUCGCUGGCGCACACCUCAUCUGCUGGUCAUUGACACCAGUCGGUCUCUGCAGCCCCACUACAUUUGGCACAAUCUCAUAUACACGGACCGCUUUUUGAGCCUCAUUCUUGGUUUGCCUUCUAGCGGUGCUACCCCGAUUCCUGAGUUUGAACGCCAACUACCAAAGAAACAAUCGGGUACCUCUUGGUUGACCCUCGAGCUUAAGCACUCUCAGGUGGCCCAUCGACUUCUUCAGCGUCGCAAUGGAAUGGAAGAUUAUAAUGUCACGCAGGAGAUUGACACCAUGCUUCUCGAUGCCGCCAGGAGCGUACCAGACGAGUUCUGGUCACUUCCCAAAUUCGAUGAGCCCGAUACGAACAACAGUGCCUUCUGGCGAAGUAUUCGAGCCACGAAUCAGGUCAAGCAUUAUAGCUUGGUAAACUGCCUCCACUUGCCGUAUCUGCUGCGCGAGGACCCCAAUCGCAGAUACGAGUACUCCAAAAUAGCCUGCUUGAUGGCUAGCAGAGAAAUCAUCAGACGUUACAACAGCUUUCGUAAUGCGAAGCCGGUCUUGUCGUGUUGUAGGCCUAUGGAUUUCGUCGCGUUGAUUGCGGCCUUGAGUCUCAUGAUUGGGCAUCUAAACAUGCACCAGAACCGAGCGCCAUAUGGAUUUUUGCAGCAUCAGCGACCAGGUGAUCGAGCCCUCGUUGAACAGCUGGCCGAAACGAUGGACAGGGUCGCGAAUCUUAACGAGGAUGCCAUGACGUACCAAAGUUCUUGUCUAAUCCGCCGAUUGAUGCAUAUUGAGGCCGAUGCAUUCCAGGGACAUUGUUAUCUGACCGAGAAAUUGCACAACGCUGUGGAUGGAGGCGCAGAAGACCGAUGUAACAAAGAUGAAUGUCACGUUCUACACAUUUUCAUCCCAUACUACGGCACCAUCAAAAUAUCUCGCCAAAGCCCUUCGACAGAUGUCACGACGCGGAAGGAUCUCGCUAACAGUCCGUCUCAAUGCAGCGAGAAUGUCGCAGACUCCCGCACCGGCUGCGUGAAGAAUACAGGCCAAAAGGCCUUCGUUGCUCCAUAUCUCGUCAGCACAGGAAAUAUUGAUUUUUCCUUGCAUCCUGACGUAGACAUCAACGCCAUUGAUUCCCUGCAGCCGGCAACGAUACCCUAUCCAGAUCUGACGGCUUCCGUUGACGAUUGGGCAUUUCAAGGAGUCGACACCGCAUUCUUCGGCAAUUUGAUUGGUCCAAAUGCGUACUCUGUUGCCGAAAACGGCACUGGCAGCUGGGAACAGACCGCGUUCUCGUCCAAAGGGACGGAGGGAUAUCUUCCGCCGAACGCUAGCCACUUUGGCAUGACGAAUUCAUGAAUAAUGUAGUAACGAAGAUGUAUCAAUAUUAUAAUUCCAGCUUCUACGCUCGAUUAUGCCUGUUAUCAUAUGUUUGUAGUCGUUCCCAACUGAUCCCGUUACAGAUGUGCUUCAAUUGGUAAUAACUUGACAAGUCAGGCAUCUUUGGCUUUUAAAACCUGCUUGUCUCCUGAAGGACGACCAUAGGAUCAUGCGGCAAAUCAUAAGCUUGUUAGCGCAAGAGCAGUGUGUCAAUAACGAGCUAGAACCUCGAAAGCGAGGACGGAGUUAGUGCACUCUCUUUUGGCAGCAAAUUGGCAAUGUCGAUAUCGAUUUCUGAGAAGUCUAGUUCUAAAG